GGCCCGGCCUACGGUGUCACAAACGCGGCUCGGUCCGUCCUUUUGGGCGAGCGUGAGCAGGCGCGAAGACCUGCAGAAGGCCCUCGACAAUAUGACAUCUGACGACCCGGCGCGUGAGAACACAGAAGCUGAGCUUCAGGAGCUGGGCGCUGUCAUUAAGAGCCUCAAGAAGGGAAGAAGGCCACGCGACGGGGCACAAAGGUUGGGCACAGCAGCCGACGAGCGGGACAAGCCGGAGAUGGGAGGUCGCCUGGAGAGGACGGAGAAGAACCUGCACACUCAGCUCACCUGGGCGCGCCGCUUUGACCAGCCUGGGGCUGGAAACAAGGAGAAGGUCUUUCCCUUGGCCGAAAAGGAGCUGAAAGACGAGAAGGCAGCUGCACCUCUCUCCAGGCACGCCCGCAGCGCGUUGUUGGAAGAAGACCCACAGGAGGAGUUGCCCGAGCCAAAGGCUCGAACGAGAGAGCUGCCACCGUCCGAGACAAAGGUUACGGCGGCCAAAAAGGCAAAGAAGCACCGCGAAGAGCGAAAGAGAGAGAAGAGCAGGAAGGCAGAGAAAGCUGAGAAAGCAAGAGGGAGGCCCCGGUGGGCAGCCUCUCUGCCUUCAGUGGCAACACCGAGACCGGCUCGAAAGGAGCCACCGACCGGUGCCCUGGGUGGACUCGGCGCCAGUGCCACGACUCUGCCGCGCAAGCUCCUGGGAGAGAGCUCGAAGCUGAAGGAGCCGGUUGGGUACCGCAGCUUCCGACUUGCUGACGGCAGCGUGGUUGCCAACGAGGGCACACUUAAAGCCAAAGCCUGGUCGCCGCGAUCUCCCAGCCACUCCUCUCAGUGGGCCAA